AACUAUAGCAACAACAGAGAUGACCACGCCUAAUGAACCAAAGACUACUGUAAAUAUAGUUUCAACUGGUCUAUCCACAGAAAAUGUUGCAACAUCAAGCACUUAUCCAUCAACUACAUUUAAACCAAUAGCAAUAUCAACAGCAGUAUUGGACCAAACAACACUUGUGGUCACUUCUCCAACAACUGAAACAACCUUCACUACAGACACGUCAGAGAUUACCACACCAAAUACCCCAACAAGUACAGCUCUGUUGGAGUCAUCCAGGACAACAGAAAAUGUUGCAACAUCAACUGCAGCUGCAUCAACAACAUUUGAACCUUUGGAAACAACACCUGCAGUAUUCGACCAAACAACAGUAGUAGUCACUUAUCCAACAACAGUUGAAACCACAUCAACAGCUGAAGCCACAUCAACUGUGGGUACAUCAAAGCUUACCACAACUAAUAUGCAAACAAGCACAGCUAAGUUAGCAACAUCCACUACAACAAAAGAAGAUGUUGCUUCUUCAACCACUGUUGUAUCAACCACCUUUAAACCUGUAGUGACAACAACUGAAACAUUUGAUCAGACAACAACUAAAACAUUUGACCAAACAACAAAUUUAAUCGCAUCACCAACAACUGCUGCCACAUCAACCGCAUUUGAACCAUUAGAGACAAAGACUACAGUAUUUGACCAAACAACGGUUUCAGCAAGUUCCCCAACAACAGCUGAAGCUACUUUUACUAGGGAAACAUCAAAGUUGACCUCAGCUUAUACAUCAACAAGCACAGCUAAAUUAGACAUAGUUUCUACAUCAGAGGAAAAUGUUCUUACGUCAACCAUUGCUGCAUCUACUACACCUAUGCCUUCCAAAAUAACAACUAAACCUUUUGGCCAAUCAACACUUGGAGUCAGUUCUACAAAAGCAGCUGAAGAGUCUACAACAACGGUAACAACAGAGAUUGCUACACUUAACACACCAAUAGGCACAGCUAUGUUGGGAUCAACCACGAAAACAACAGAAAAUGUUGCCACAUCAACUCCUGCUGCAUCAACCAGAUUUGAACAUUUGGAAACAACAACUACAAUAUUUGACUCAACAACAGUGAUGGUCACUUCUCCAACAACAGCUGAAGCUACAUCAACUAUAGCAACAACAGAGAUGACCACACCUAAUGAACCUAAAACUACUGUAAAUAUAGUUUCAACUGGUCUAUCCACAGAAAAUGUUGCAACAUCAAGCACUUAUCCAUCAACUACAUUUAAACCAAUAGCAAUAUCAACAGCAGUAUUGGACCAAACAACACUUGUGGUCACUUCUCCAACAACUGAAACAACCUUCACUACAGACACGUCAGAGAUUACCACACCAAAUACCCCAACAAGUACAGCUCUGUUGGAGUCAUCCAGGACAACAGAAAAUGUUGCAACAUCAACUGCAGCUGCAUCAACAACAUUUAAACCUUUGGAAACAACAUCUGCAGUAUUCGACCAAACCACAGUAGUAGUCACUUAUCCAACAACAGUUGAAACCACAUCAACAGCUGAAACCACAUCAAUUGUGGGUACAUCAAAGCUUACCACAACUAAUGUGCCAACAAGCACAGCUAAGUUAGCAACAUCCACUACAACAAAAGAAGAUGUUGCUUCUUCAACCACUGUUGUAUCAACCACUUCUAAACCUGUAGUGACAACAACUGACACAUUUGAUCAGACAACAACUAAAACAUUUGACCAAACGACAAAUUUAAUCGCAUCACCAACAACCGCUGCCACAUCAACCGCAUUUGAACCUUUAGAGACAAAGACUACAGUAUCUGACCAAACAACGGUUUCAGCAAGUUCCCCAACAACAGCUGAAGCUCCUACAACUAUUGGCACAUCAAAGUUUCCCACAACUAAUAUACCAACAAGCACAGCUGAAUUAGCAACAUCCGCUACAACAAAAGAUGUUGUUAAAUCAACCACUGCUGUAUCAACUACAUUUCAGCCUGUAGAAACAACAACGGAUGUAUUUGGCCAAUCGACACUUGGAGACACCUCUAAAACAACAGCUGAAGAUUCCUCAACUACAGUAACAACAGAGGUUACCACACCAACUACACAACCAGGUACAGCUUUGUUGGAAUCAUUCAUCACAACAACAGAAAAUCUUCCCACAUCAACUGCUGCUGCAUCAACCACAUUUGAACCUGUAGAAACAUCAAAACUUGUAAUCAGUUCCGCAACAACAGCUGAAGACACUCCAACUACAGUAACAUCAGACAUUACCACAAUUUAUACAUCAAGAACAGCUUCAUCUGCAUUAUCUACUCCAAAAGCAGAAGUUGGUACCACAUCAACAACUACUGCAUCAACCACUUUCAGACCAACACAAACAAAAACCAAUUCAUUUGACCAAACCACAGCUGCAGACACUUCAGCAACAGCUACUUCAAAUACAGCGACAUCAGUGACAACAACACCCUAUGAAUCAUCAAGGAAAGCUACACUACAUUCAUCAACAACAGAACAUGUUGCAACCUUGAGCACCCCUACAUCAACUACAUUUCAACAGGCAAAAACAUCCACUGCAGCUGCAUCAACAACAUUUAAACCUUUGGACACAACACCUACAGUAUUUGACCAAACAACAGCUGUCGUCACUCCACCAGUAACAGUUAAGUCCACCUUUAUUACAACAACAUCUCGUGGAAGCACAACAAAACUAACAACUGAAGCAACAAAAACUACAUCUAGUUUCACAACCGGAGCUCAGCAUCCAACAACCACUGUUGUGACAUCUUUGACAAACCCUGCACCAUUACCAACAACCCCUGCAUCAACAACUCUGUUGACCUCCACUGCCACAUCAGCAACAACAACUUCUACAAAAGCAGUGAAUAUAAAGAGAAAAAGAAUCACCUUCAGAUCUGAUGGAGAGACAUUCACAGAUGAUUUGCUGGAUCCAUCAUCAAAAGCCUUUAAAGAUCGGGCCUAUCUGAUCAAAAUCACACUUGAGCCAUUCCUUAGACGGGCCUUCGACUCAUUCAUCUACUUAACAGUGAAAUUAUUCAGAAAGGGAUCGAUUGUCAACACCAUGGAAGUGGGUUUUGCUUCAACAUCUGUUCCAAACAACACAGAUGUCACUCAAGUUCUAAUGAAUGCAGCAUCAAAUAUAACAGCAUUCAACAUUACCAAUGACUCUAUUGUUGUGGAGGAUGAAUUUAUUAUAUCUUCAACCACACCGACCCCAGCAGAGACAACACACAUUAUGACUUCUAAUUUACCUUUAACAACAUUACAAGACAAGGCAACAUUUCCCCAAACAACAGUUUUAUUCACUACACCAAACAAUGUCAAAGAUACCACAGCUACAACAUCAGAGUUUACUACAUCCUAUACACAGAAGAGCACAACUGCAUUAGCUGCAUCCGCUCCUACAACAGAAGAUGCUUCCACAUCAACCACUGUUUCAUCAACCACACAAACAUCUUUAGAAAGGACACCUACAAUAUUUACCCAAACAACUGCUUUAGCCAGUUCUCCAAACAGAGCAGAAGAUACCACAACUACAACUUUAGAGGUUACUACAUCAAAUACACCAACAACAGCCGCUUCAUCUGCUCCAACAACAGCUUAUAAUACUGCUUCAUCUACUGCUUCAUCAACCACACUUAAAUCUAUAGAAAGAACAACAACAUUAGCUUCAUCUGUACAAACGGUAAAAGAUAUUGCGACAUCAACUAUUGCUGAAUUAACCACUCAAACAUCUGCAAGAACAUCAGCAACAUUUGACCAAAAAAGCACUGCUACAUUUACUUCAUCUGCUCCAACAACAGAAUAUGUUACCACAUCACCUACUUCUUCACCAACCACUCUUGAACCCACAGAAAAGACUACUGUAAUAUUGAAUGAAACAACUAUUGCAGUCACUUCUUCAUUGACAGCUGAAACUUUCACAUAUCCAGCAACAACAAAGAUUACCACACCUAAUACAUCAACAACGACUGCUACAUUAACUUCAUCUGCUCCAACAAUGGAAAAUUUUCCCACAUCAACUACUGCAGCAUCAACAACACAAACACCUAUAGAAAGAGCAUCUCCGAUGUUGACCCAAACAACUGUUGUAGCCACUUCUCCAAACAGAACUGAAGAUACCAUAACUACAACAUCAGAGGUUACUACAUCUACCACACCAACCAUGCCAGCUACUUUAGCUUCAUCUGCCCCAACAGCUUAUGUUACCACUUCAUCUACUGCUUCAUCAACCACACUUAGACCUACAGAAAGAACAACCCUAACUGUUGCAGUCACUUCUUUAUCAACAGCUGAAACGUCCGCAUUUACAGCAACAAAGAUUACCACACUGAACACACAAACAACCACAGCUACAUUGGCUUCAUCAGUAUCAACAAUGGAAAAUGUUGCCACAUCAACUACUGCUCCCUCAGUCACACUAACACCUAUAGAAAGGACAUCUGCAAUAACAACCCAAACAACAGAAGCAAUCACUUCGCCAAGCAGAGCUGAAGGUACUACAACAGAAACGUCAGAGUUUAUUACAUCUAAACCAACAAGCACCGCUACAUUAGCUUCAUCUGCUCCAACAACAGCCACUAUUCAACCUACACAAAGAACAAGUGAAAUACUGAAAGAAACAACUGUUACCCUAACUUCCUCAUCGACAGGUAAAACGUCCACAUAUCCAGCAACAACAAAGAUUACCACACUUAAUACACCAACAAACACGGCCACAUUAACUUCAUCUGCACCAACAACAGAAAAUGUCGCCACAUCAGCUACUCUUGCAUCAACCACAUUAACACCUAUACAUGGGACAUCUGCAAUAAUAAACCAAACAACAGAGGCAGUCACUUCACCAGACAAAGCUGAAGAUACCACAACUACAUCAGAGUUUACUACAUCUAGCACAGCACCAAGCACAGCUACAUUGGCUUCCUCUGCUAUAACAACAUCUUAUGUUACCACAUCGUCUACUGCUUCAUCAACCACUCUUAAACCUACAGAAAGAACAACCCUAAAUGUGAAUGAAACAACUGUUGCAGUCACUUCUUUACCAACAGCUGAAACGUCCGCAUUAACAGUAACAAAGAUUACCACACCGAACACACAAAUAACCACAGCUACAUUGGCUUCAUCUGUAUCAACAAUGGAAAAUGUUGUCACAUCAACUACUGCUCCCUCAAUCACACUAACACCUAUAGAAAGGACAUCUGCAAUAACAACCCAAACAACAGAAGCAAUCACUUCGCCAAGCAGAGCUGAAGGUACUACAACAGAAACGUCAGAGUUUAUUACAUCUAAACCAUCAAGCACCGCUACAUUAGCUUCAUCUGCUCCAACAACAGCCACUAUUCAACCUACACAAAGAACAAGUGAAAUACUGAAAGAAACAACUGUUACCCUAACUUCCUCAUCGACAGGUAAAACUUCCACAUAUCCAGCAACAACAAAGAUUACCACACUUAAUACACCAACAAACACGGCCACAUUAACUUCAUUUAUACCAACAACAGAAAAUGUCGCCACAUCAGCUACUCCUGCAUCAACCACAUUAACACCUAUACAUGGGACAUCUGCAAUAAUAAACCAAACAACAGAGGCAGUCACUUCACCAGACAGAGCUGAAGAUACCACAACUACAUCAGAGUUUACUACAUCUAGCACAGCACCAAGCACAGCUACAUUGGCUUCCUCUGCUAUAACAACAUCUUAUGUUACCACAUCGUCUACUGCUUCAUCAACCACUCUUAAACCUACAGAAAGAACAACCCUAAUAGUGAAUGAAACAACUGUUGCAGUCACUUCUUCACCAACAGCUGAAACAUCCUCAUUUACAGCAACAACAAAGAUUACCCCAUCUAAAACACUUUCAAGCACAGCUACAUUAGUGUCAUCUGCCCCAACAAAAGAAAGUAUUACCACUGUUGCAUCAACAAAAAUAACACCUAUAGAUAGGACAUCUGGACUAUUUGAACAAACAACAGGAAUAGUCACUUCGCCAAACAAAGCUGAAGAUACCACAACUAUAACAUCACAAUUUACUACAUCUACCACACCAACAACCACAGCUACAUUGGCUUCAUCUGCUGUAACAACAGAAUAUGUUACCACAUCGUCUACUGCUUCAUCAACCACUCUUAAACCUACAGAAAGAACAGCUGCAAUAUUGGAUGAAACAACUGUUGCAGUCACUUCUUUACCAACAGCUGAAACGUCAUUAUUUACAGCAACAACAAAGAUUACCACAUCUAAAACACUUACAGGCACAUCUACAUUAGUGUCAUCUGCCCCAACAAAAGAAAGUAUUACCACUGUUGCAUCAACCACAUUAACACCCAUAGAAAGGACAUCUGCAAGAUUUGAACAAACAACAGGAAUAGUCACUUCACCAAACAAAGCUGAAGAUACCACAACUACAACAUCAGAAUUUACUACAUCUAGCACACCACCAAGCACAUCUACAUUAGCUUCAUCUGCUUCAACAACAGAAUAUGUUACCACAUCAUCUACUCCUUCAUCAACCACUCUUAAACCUACAGAAAGAACAACUGUGACAGUGAAUGAAACAACUGUUGCAGUCACUUCUUUACCAACAGCUGUAACGUCAUCAUUUACAGCAACAACAAAGAUUACCACACCCCAUACACAAACAACCACAGCUACAUUAGCUUCAUCUGUACCAACAGUGGAAAAUGUUGUCACACCAACUACUGCAGCAUCAACCACACUAACACACCUUGAGCCAUUUUACCAACGGGCAUUCACUUCGUUCAUCUCUAUAACUGUGAUUUUAUUCAGACGCUGCAUUUUCAACAGCAACACCCCAAGCAGACACGACCAGUGUGUCAACUAUUGUACCUGGGACAACCAUACCUCUGCCUCCAAGUACAGGCACGGUCAAGGCUUCAACAGAAUAUACCCAAAUAACAACUUAUUCAGUGACAACAAAUGA